CAGGGCUGCACCAUCAGCCCAGCGCCCUUACAAAUACAGCCGGGAUCCCCGCCUGCCGGGACAGAAUCCCGGGAUACAGAGCAUCUUGAGGAAGUCAGUUUCGACCUCUUGGAACAAUGUUUCUCGGCGUCUUCCUUUUGGUGCUGCACUUAGCAGCUAUCAACGCCAACACCACCACACCGCUGCCCGUCGUACCUGAUGGGUCCGCCACAACUGCUCAGGUUGCGGAAAGUACCACCACGCUGGUUGACGACAGCAACCCCACCCUUAUACCAGACGCAGUUACUGAGUCCACAACACCGGUCAACAGCCAAGAGAACACCACUGCCCUGACCAACACCACCCUCAUCCCAACAACGGACAGCAACACCACCGAAUCGACAACGGAAACAGUCACCACUACACCAGGACCAGUUCCAGCACCACCAGCGCUGCCGAUCUGGGCGAUUCUUGUGAUCAUUCUGUCGGUGGCUGCCAUCAUCGUUGCGGGCGUCAUCGGAUGCGUCGUCUGCUGCAGGAACUACUAAGCCCAGCUGACCGCAGUCCCAACCUGUGUCCC